AUGUUCCCGACCUCUGAAUUCGGUCGCAGCAGCCAAUGCAGUAGUCCGAUUCCUGUCGGGUCCGUGAGCAAUUUACCCGAUCACCCGAUUUCAUCAGACGAGGAUGAGGACGAGAGUGAAGAUGAACUCUGUAUGCUCCGCCAACAGGUAGCGCUGCUCACAAAGAGUCUUGAAGAUGAGAAGAAGCGACGCACUUCGGAACAGCACCUCAUGCAGUCGAAAAUCAUUGAGCUCCAAAGUCUAAUCCGCGCAAACGGUCACGAGGAUGACCAGGAAAUAGAGACUGUUGAGGCAGGCAAGAAGACAAUGUCUCUAAUCCAAGAAGGCCCGGUCUCAACGCGAGAGAACCAGCUACUGUUGCCACCUCCAGCAGAGUCAUCGUCUUGCGGUUGCCUGUCCAAAUCGAACGACAAGAGUGUGGAAGCAACUGGUGAAGUACAGUUCACGCGAAUUCGCGCUAGAAUGCAUGCCAUCGUCAUCGACAGUCAACGCGAGACCCAAACACUUCAAGCCCAAUUGGAAGGUGUGAAGCGAAAGCAGAACGAACGGGAGAAACGACUCACGCUCGAGACUACGAUCAAAGUCACGGCACUCGAACAAAAACAUGCCGCCGCUUCGACUCGGCUUGCGCAGAAAGCUGUAAACAGUGCUGCACAGGCGAAGAAGUUGCAGGCUGACAAAGUUGAGCUCGUAGCAUAUGUGCAGACGCAACGACAGCGGCUGAAGCAACUGGAACUCGCCCUUGGUUGCAAGCAGCUAAUGGAUGACCUCCGAUGA